CAUCACUUCGCACUCGAGGUGCCAAAAAGGGGCUCUGAUACAACUCCGGGUCGGUGGAAGUGGAGAAGCUUGACAGUUUCUAAAAGGGGGACUCUGGUGAUUUAGACACCCCCUUCAUCCUCUUCUCCUUCUUUCUUGGGAUUUCUACUUUCUCCCCCCCUCCCCUCUGCCUGCUCUUGCUGUUGUGUGGCUUUGACUUUGAGAGAGAUUUACUGAACGCGUUCUCCGGACAUGUCUUUCCCUCAGCUGGGGUACCCCCAGUUCCUCAGUGCCUCUCAUGAGGUGUACGGGGGCGAGCGGCCGGCCUCUGCCAGGGAAGGAGGCACCGAGGGCGGCGUAAGCUCGUCCGCCACCGCCGCGGCCGUCGGCUCCAUGCUGGGAAUGUACGGGAGCCCAUGGGCGGCUCAUAACUACAGUGCCUUUCUGCCGUACAGCGGAGCCACAGACCUCGCCCUCAUAACCCAGAUGGGCUCCCAGUAUGAGCUGAAGGAAAGCCCGGGGUCCCACCCAGCCUCUCUACCUGUCCACGCCGCUCAAGGCUUCUACCCGUACGGCCAGUACCCAUACGGGGACCCGUCUAGGGCCAAGACGGCCACCCGGGAGACCACCAGCACCCUGAAGGCCUGGUUGCAAGAGCACCAGAAGAACCCUUACCCCACUAAAGGAGAGAAGAUAAUGCUUGCUAUCAUCACCAGGAUGACACUCACACAGGUGUCCACGUGGUUCGCGAACGCCCGCAGACGCCUGAAGAAGGAGAACAAGGUAACAUGGGGCCGAAGCGCCGAGGACCGGGACGGCCGCAUCUUCAGCAGCGACAACGAGGACGAGCACGGCAAGAACGGCAGCGACGAGGAAGACGAAGACGAGGAAAUUGAUUUGGAAACUGUCGAUAUUGAGAGACCCGAGGAGGAGCGAGCAGGGGAGCAGGGCUCCGGAAAGGGAGAGGGAGAGGCAGGCCUGACCGCCAGAGAGCAGGCCUCGGAGCCGAAGAGCUCGGACAGCAGCAGGACGCUUUCUGUCGAGGGCCUAAGAGGAGUGGAGGCGGCUAUUUCUCUCAAUAGAUCGCCCGUUGUCAAACUCGCAGUGGAUCGAUCUCCCAGCAGACAGGAGUGCCAGAGACCACCGCAGAGCAAACCCAAAAUCUGGUCACUGGCAGAGACCGCCACGGCCCCCGAAAGCUCGCACAAACCUUCCCCCGCUGCCCAUGCGCACCACCCGGCUUUGGCCUCCGCUGGCCACCCGGCCUUACUCCCGGGUCAUGGGAUAUAUACAUGCCAGAUUGGCAAGCUGCACAACUGGGCCAACGCGGCUUUUCUGAAUGCCAACUCUAUUUUGAACAUGAGGUCGCUCCUCGGAGGGGCGCCGGCCGGACACCUGCCUCUCCAUGGCGCAGUGCCGGUUGCCCGUCAUGACGCACGACCGGCGGCGGCGGGCCACGGAACUUCGGGAACGGAAGAUGACAGUGAUAUAGAGUCGUCAGGAAGCUUCAGUCCAAAAAGAGAUGAGGAAGACCACAGGCCUGACUCCCUGAAGUCCCCAUUCCAGCUGAUCACUGACAGACCUCACCAUGGGACAACACCACAGCGAGUUCUGACAACAACAUCAUGAGAAGACAAAGCAAAAAAAAAACAGACAAAAGAAAAGAAAAGAGAAAGGAAUAAUUUUAUUUAAGUGAGACAGUUUAAUGAAGGCUAUUUUGUGACAGUGCAACCUGUCAUAGUAUUACUGUUUAGCUUCUACAUGCAAAAAGAGAUGGUUCGUUUUGUCACAGAUUUGCUUGUAUCUCUCUCUCUCUCUCUUUUAUGUCCUAUGUUCUUUCUUUGCCUCUUCUGUUGUGAAUGGAAACC